AUGAGUGCGGAAGAUGACUAGCGUUACAGUUUUUACUCGAGCAAACUCAAGGUAGCUUAGCCUAGGCCAAUAUAUUUGAGUGAUUUUCUUUCUAUCUGUCAUGAAAAUACAAAAACAGUCUCAAUCGGGCAGUGUCAAAAGUUUGACAUUCUGCCACUCAUUUUGCAAGUUUAGGCUACGCUUUCUCGAAUGAACUGCGGCUGGUGAUCUGCUGUGACCAUUAUGUCAGCGCUGGCAAAGUCAUGUCAGGCUUCUGUGUGGACUAAACAGGAGGGGGAGAAAACUAGUUCCCCUGCACCCCUUCAAGGUGAUAAAACGAAACUUCCUGAUCUACAAAGUAAAAUUGGAGAAACCGAUAGAACAUCCUUACAGGUAACCUCGCUUCGUAAUGACUUGAUCCCAGAGGAGCUCUUGGCAACCCUCACCUCUGCAGCACACCCCUAUUGUAAAGCAGAAUGUUCUAAAGCCAGCAGGACGUCCCAAGCCUGCAAGAUCCAUGGCCUGCGAUGCCCAGAUCCAGUGUGGCAUCAUCCUCAGGGGCGGAAGAAAUACAAGUAUCUUCUGGACCAACCUGUUUCUUUAACUGGAGCUGGCAGAGACAUCUCUUUUCUCUGUGAUGCAGUGGCUUCAAAGAAGGAUCAUAUUCCUCUACCACCCACAACAGACAGGGCCAGUUCACCCUCCUCACCCUCACCACAGAAAACCACGGGACCAGUGGAGACACUGAUACCUGAGGAAUACCACAUUGUGAAGAGCAAGGGAGUAAAGGGCCUUGAGUUUUAUGAGGAUAAAUACACUGUUCUUCUGGAGGAUGAGGACAAGAUGCUGAGGAUUUUUCCAUCUAUGAAGCCAAGUGGGCGACUGGAGGCAGUACAGCUGCUGAGGGUCAUGGAUGAGAUGCUGGACAAGGCAGGAGUGAAUCUGGACAGUACUGAGCUGACCGGCAUUUCCCAGAUCCAAGGCCUGCUGGACCUGGUGCAGGUAGAGCAGAACAUUUACAACAUCGUCUUUCACGAGGUCAUCCGACAGGUCAGCGUGGAGUGUGCCGAACGAGGCCAGAUCCUGGCCAAGCUCAGACAGAGAUAUGUGGCACUGCUGGACCGUAUCCCGAGGAAGCUGCGGGGCUUGCACAAGGAGAUGCUGUCCCUGCGUGCUCUGGACCGGCGUCUGACUGACGAGAUUGUGUGUUUCAAGAAGUCCAUAACACAUCUCACUGUAGAACUGAGCAGGAUAAAAGAGCAUGAUGAGAAUGUGUCCGAUCAGGCUGCACGAGCACAGAAGGAGCUGUCCAAAGCACUGGAUCAGUCGCAGCGCAGCUCUGACAUGGUGGGAGAGUAUCAUGACCUGUAUGAGAUGCAGCGGCGGAGGCUGGAGAGGCAGGUGCUUCGCCUGACAGAGGAGCGUGAUCUGUGGAGCGGUGUCACCUACAGCCUUGCGCUCAAGGUGAUAAAGUUAAAUAAUCUGCAGCUGGUCAGUCGACUUCAUGUGAGCGAGCAAACCUGGACCAAGACAGCAGAACACUUCACUGUCUUCCUGGCGUCCAAGGACGCUGAGGACCUGAACAGCAUUGCACAACUCAUAGACCGAUGGAAAGAGCAACUGACUGACUUUGUUCGGAAGCUGAAAGAGAUUGAAUCCACUCAGUGUGAAAAUAUUAAAGCAAUGCAGGAGGGCAUGAACCACUGGCAUGACUUCACCCAUACCAACCUCAAAAAACCAGAUGUGAUAUUUGACAAGCCAUCAGAAGAGAAGUUAUUACUUGAUUUGAAUGCGUGGUCAGUGAUGUUGACUACCCAGUGUGAGCGCUACGGAGGAGAGGAGCUGCUCUCUGGGCAGGAGACUAUACACACACUAGUGCAGUUGCAGGAGACCUGGCUAGAGGUGGGGCUGCAGGUGUUCCGCAGACACCCUGCCCCAGAUGGAGAGCCACCCAAGGGCCAGGAGGCCAUGAAAAAGAUCGGUGUCUCUGUCUCCGAGCUCCACAAGCAGAUGGGCACCCGCAUCAAUGGAGAAAGUGGUAUUCACAAGGAGCUGAUGUCUUUGGUGGGCGUGCUGGAGUUUUGGAUCAGUAAACUGAAGAAUCUUAGUGGUCGGUCAGAGGGCCUGCCUCACUGUGAUUGGCUGAAGAUGGAGAAAGGGCUGACUAACUGGACCAAGCAGGCUGAGAAGGCCCUGCAGCUGGUGGACAGUGUGCAGUGUGAGCCGGACCGGAUCAAGCAGAGACCUGAGAACAGGAUAGUGAUGGACAACAUUUUCAGUUCAAUGCAGGACUUCAUGGCCACUCAAACAAACUUCUUUGAGUGUGAAAAUCUGAGACUCUCUGAGGAGGUCAGUUCCAUUCACACUAUGCUGACCCGCUGGAUGGUAGACCUCUUGCUCCUCAUGGUGCCCGAUCACUGCGAUGAUCAGGAGCCAUUGUCAGCCCCAGAGCCCAAACCCAGUGUUGGGAGUGAGGGACCCAUGCAGAGACUAGAGGAGGAUGCCAAAAAUGUCUCGCAGAAGGUGGACUACUUCUCCAAAUACAUCACAUGCUCAUGUCAAGCCAUUGUGGAGGAGGAGGUCAAGAAGAACAUGUCACAGGAUGAAACCGAGAACGAAUUGUAUGAACUCAACAAACUACAGAGGGAGUGUGGUGCGUGGGUGGAUGCCUGUGGCAUCCUGCUGUCUGACGUGAAGGGGGGGCCUGUGGAGCUGCAGGGCUCAGAGAGAGAAGCGCUGCAGUCCAGAGCUGAAAGCUCCACCUCACCCAGCCAGGACUCUCAUAUGGAUGUGACAACACCCAGACCCAAAGUUACAGAGAAAUCUAAAGGCAAGAAAGAGGAGAAGGAACAUGAGAUGAAGAAGGAGAAAGAGAACAAGGUGAAGGAGAAGACAAAACAGGUGAAAGAGGAGGGGGAGGUGGAGGAGGAGGAGGAGGAGGAAGAGGAAGAAGAAGAAGAGGAAGAAGGCAAUCAUCAAUCUGAGCAAGAGGAGGGAGGGAGUUUGGAGACCGAGGGAGGCAUCCUGAAACUAAUUGGCCAUGAUGGCAAUAUCAUUGAGAGAACUCUGGGGGAGGACAGAGUGCCACUACAGGGGACGGUCGAACUUGUUGUGCGCCCUCAAACACCAAAUGCCCAAAGAGCUUUUGAUGCCUUGACCACUGUGGACUCCCUCCAGCAGGAAUUACUUGAAGUGGAGGUGCGUGCCCAGGGGGCCGAGGCGCGAGCGCUCCAGGCAGAGGAGGCUCUGCAGGCCGCACUGGAGAAGAUCCAGGACCUGGAGCGCAAACUGGAGGACAAGCCCAGCCUGGAGAACAAGGGAUCGGUAAAGCCCAUGUUAGGGACGGCACCCUUGGGAAGCAUCGGAAGGAAACCAUCUGGUUCCAAUUCCAGGUCAGAGGGAAACAAGCGGUUCCACAAAAGGCGCUAGGAACUCACACGUGGAGAAGGAACUUUGUGUAAGGGAAUUUAUUUAUGGGUACAUAAGAGUUCAUGAGGUGUGAACGUGUAUUGCACAAGCAGUGUGAUCAUCUAACCUGGUGGUGUCCUCAGCACUUAAAACGUAACACAUGUUUUAAAGACAAUAAAAUCAUUCACUGCC